AUGGGUUUCCCCACCAAACCAAGACGCCACUGGCUACACUGGCUGUACCUGCUGCUGCAGCUGCUGCAGCUGCUGCCGCUCGUCACAUCAGAGCCAAUCGACCACGCCUCUACAACGCCAGCAACCAGCCGCAGCAGUACCGCCACGGUGUGUCGCUGGAACCCUGCCGGCCCUCUGCUUCCACGGACGAGCGCAUCCUGCCCUCCCGCAGUGGACGACACCACCACCACGACCGCCGCGACGGGGCGAACGUCGACACCAUGGACCCAAACACCAUUCUGCAUCGCCAACGGCGGCUAUGACAAGGAAGCCGUCACGUCCCGGCGCUACUGCACCUUCACCUCGGCGACGUUCCGGUCCGGCCGCGGGCUCAGCUUCGUCGGCACGCCCGAGGCAGCAGCAGGGCUGGCCGACGCGCUGCUGUCGGAACCUUGGCACUCGCGCUUCCCGUCGCACGUCGACGUCCUCGCCGACACGAACAGGAGCAGCACGUACGCCGUCGUCCCCGUCCCGGGCAAGGGGCUCGGCGUGGUGGCCACGAGGCGCAUCCGGGCCGGCGAGAUUCUGGUCGCUGAUCACCCGCUGCUGCUGGCCGACGUGGAGGCGGCCGCGGCGGCACGCGGAGGGCUGUUGUUACGGCUCGCCGUCGAGAGCCUUCCGCUGCCCGGGCGGUUCUUUGACCUGGCGAGGAGUUAUGGUGCGGGCGAUGCUGUUGAGGAUGUGCUGAAUACUAACACGUUUGCGGUCGGGGUCGGGGACGGAGAUUACAUGGGCUUGUAUCCCGAGAUUGCGAGGAUAAACCAUGCUUGCAGCCCCAACAGCUUCUCCCGCUUCCACCCGUCCGACUUGACCAUGGACGUCGGUGCCAUGCGGGACAUUAUGCCAGGGGAAGAGAUCACGAUAAGCUACAUACCCCUCGGCCUCCCUUCCACCCACCGCGCCGCCAAGAUCCGCGACUGGGGCUUCGCCUGCACGUGCCGGCUGUGCUCGACGCCCACGGCAAACCGCCUCUCGGACCAGCGCCGCGAGCGGCUGGGCGGCCUGCGCGGGCGCCUGGUGCACGGCCGCGCGGGGAUGGCCGUGGCCGAGGUCCACGCGGCCGCCGAGGAGAUGAUGGAGAUCGCCGAGGCGGAGGGCGUCCUCCCCCAGCUGGGCGGGUACUGCGAGGCCGUGGCGCAGGUGCUGCUGGCCAAGGGCGAUGGGCACGGCGCGCUGCGGUACCUGAGGUUGAGCCUGGACGCGUGGCUGCUGUACGGCGGCGAGGACCACGCUCAUGUGCCCAACGUCAGGAGCAACCUGAGGGAUCUGGAGGCCAAGGUUUUAGGAGGAGGAGGUUUAAAGGCGUGA